AUGCAGAACUAUGGGCAAGUACUGGGCUACCAGCGUCCAGAAAGCACAGCGAGCUUCACAGAACAACAAGCACCCCUUCCACCGAUUCCGCCGCCACCACCUGGAUACGGAGCACACCAAGGAUACCAGUCUGCUGCACCCCAAGUGCACAGCCAAUGGGCUGCGCCAACGCCGACUCACACAUCGAAUCCAUGGAACCAUUCACAGCAAAAUGUGACAGGAGGUUAUAAUCCAGGAACAUAUGGGACGAUGCCUGGGGCACAGCACCCAUCAUAUCCUCCGCAACAGGAUCAACCUCCUCCACCUCCACCGAAACCCUAUGGCUUCGCAGCGGCAGUCCAACGGGAAGCCGAGAAGCAGCAGCAAAAUUAUAUGAACACCCAGAAUUGGCCCCAGGAACAGCAACAGAAUGCAGGGUUUGGGCAUCACGCAGGGGGGUACUCUGUGCAAGGGAUACCACCCCCGCCUUCAGCUACACCGGGAGGCUCGCAAUAUAACUCUGUCCCAGGAGGGCGGCCCAGCUCCAUUUAUGGUGCAAAUCUACCAGGGUCAUACGCAUCAGGUGCGCCUCAGCAGGCCUCCAUAGCCACCACCCCGAACGAACAGCAAUCGACAUAUACACCACCUUUUCAGUCUGGACCGGAUGUACAAUCAUACGGGAUAUCAAACACGAACACAGGAUCAGGCAGCACAUGGGUCGUCCCACCGCCAAACUCUGCAUGGCAGCAGGCACAUCACGCGCCGCCACAGGGCGCUGUCGGCCAAUCUACCGAUCCGAGUUUCUACACACAGGGAUAUCAGGGCACACAAUCUAUACAUCAGUCUCACCAACCACCACCUCUUCCACCACGGCCUGUUCAGCACCCAGGAAAGCCUCAACCCCAACUCCAACAUAACCAAGCUCAGUAUGGAGCGCAAGAACAGUUCCAGUAUACUCCACAGGUGCAGUUCUCAGCACAGCAAGGGCAGCCACCAAUACCUACUGCUUACAAUCAGACUACAUACGACCAACCGAUACAGCAACCUACGCAAUAUCCUCACUCUCAAAGUCAUUGGCAGUCCCCACCGCAACCUGAUGCUACCCUUGCCCAACAAAAUGUACAGUCGUCACUCGAAUCUCAGCAGACAGCUUGGCAGACAGGAGCUUUGUCGCAGGGUUCAUUCCACGGACAGCAGCAUUCAAAUGUCUCUAACGAAGAGAUUCCAGCGCGUACUUCACUAAAUCGAACUGAUACUGCCCAGUCAAACGUCUCUGCGCCAGACUUUCCUCAUCAUUCAAUUCCACAAAGUCAGCCUGUGUCGCCAAUAUCUAAUCGCGCCAGUAUUAGUACUGCAUCUGGCUAUGAGCCUGGCUCAAGACGCAAUGACUCUAUAAGUUCCGUCGCUCUAGCUAAUCUGCAUGCUCAACGCGCAGAGAACCGAGUAUCCUCUCCUAAGCCCGCCUCGCCUAGCCUUCCUAUGCCAUCUGCACCUCGGGAUGAUAAGUCCAAGUUUAGUGUUUUAGCUGCUGGAGCUCCUUCAGACUGGGAACAUCUGGGCCAAAGUGAAGAAGUUAACGAUGAGGCCCUUUUCGGUGUCAAGGACAAGAAGGACGAAGCGGUCCAGCCGACUGGUUUUGAACUACCGGCUCAUGUUCCCUCACCUCCUCCUAUGCAUGAUUGGCCAAGUCCAGCGACAUAUUUCGUUCCGUUAGCAUCGAAUGAAUGGAAUGCAAAUCCUGUGCCGACUACUCCACAAGUUACACAAGAGGGCUGUGUCGUCGAAGAUGCGAUUGUCGCGCCCUUGAGAACAACUCCCAGGCCUACACAAGGCGGUCAACAUCCUGUUCCAGAGAGCAUCGAUCGAAACGCCACAAGAUACACUAGUCAAGAUCAUACCGCAGAUCUCAAUGCCAAAGAUGAUGUCAUUAAACAGCUACAGGCAGAAUUACAGCAGGAGAGAGAGCACUCCAAAAUUGAAAUGGAGAUAUUCAAAGCUGAUAAACAAAAGCUUGACUCUGAAACUGAGGCUUCGAGGAAGCAUACAUCAAGCGAGAUGGAUGUUUUACGUGAACAAAUUGAGACAAUGAGGAUUGCUGCGGACCAAGCUAGUGCCAACUCUGAAGCCUCGGCCAAGGAGAAUGGUCGAGACGAAACCAUCGUCGAACUGCGACGCGAAGUUGAUGCGAAAGGCGAGAAGAGACACAAUCCCCACAUUGCUGACCUCAUUCCGGAUCUUGACCCAUGGUAUGUUGGCUCGCUGGAGAGAUAUGUUGCUAUGCUUCGUGGAGAGGCAAGCGAACCACAAGUUGAGGAGAAGAUCAAGAUAUUCAAGGCUUUCAUGAAAGCUGAAUCGGAGAUACGGGGAAUUGACUACUUCGACGUCCCACCUCAAUCACCUACAAUAGACCCAGAGGCAUCACAACAGCAACAUCAGUCCACGCGCUCCCGAGGAGCUUCUAACGAUUCUACAGGAAAACCGCAUCUGAACGUACAGGUACCACAGGAUUCAGCUGACGAGGACGAGGAUGACUAUCAAUACAGUCCGGGUGGGCGACCUAUUUUGAUGCAAAGAAACACACUUACACGCGCCGAAGCCACACUUGUGCACCCCUCCGCGCCUCCUUCUGUGCAAUCAACCACGAUCUUGACCCCGACGAGCUCAGUGGACGAUGACACCAACAAGACCCCAGUCCAAUCUCAUCCGGAAGAAUGGUCGCCGCCGAAAUACAAGGCUUAUGUGCCAUCUGCAAGCACGUCAGCCUCACCUGUUGCACUGGGACAUGGACAUAGAAUGCCAAUUUCUGCUGUUCCGAGCGCAGCUUCGCCAUCUGGCCGUAGCAGCAGCAAGGGUCAAGAUGAGAUUUUCUUUGGUGCGAAUCAACCACACACGCAAAAGCCUAUCAGUAGACCUUCUAGUCGUGAGACUAGUGUUCCUGUACCUGCGCCACUGACUUUUAGCGCAAGACGCCCACUUUCCGCUGUUUAUCCUUCCAAGCUCAGUCCAAACGAGAUCUUGGAUGCGCUGCUACCCAGCAAUACCACUCGAGAUAUCCCAUGCGAACAAUUGCAGGACCUCAGAACUAAGCUUGUUAGUGUCGGUUCAAAGACAAACGACAUUGACGCAGUCACAAAGUCCUGGGAAGCCUCGGCAUCUCGCAUCCGUCGGGGAAAAGAUGACGCACGCCGCAAACGUGAGGAAGAGAACGAGGAAAACAACGAGGACUUGUUCAAUAGUAACGAGAUCUCAUAUGCAGAGAUGAACGAGCUAGAAGACGAGUUCAAGCAGAAGGAAGCAGAGUUGAAGGCACAAGAGGACAAGGACGAAUACGAGAGUUAUGUGACUUCUGUAUUUGACCCAAUGUAUUCCGAACUCCAGCAAGAGAUCCUUGCACUCAUGGACUUGUAUCGUCAAGUGGAAUACCAACUCCAGACUUCGGCGUCUGGGCUCAAGAGUCUACAAAGCGACUACGUUCCAAGCACUACGGAUUGUCUUGAACUCCUAAAAGAUUUGCAUGAGCAAGUGGAGAAGAGGCAUGAAAGUGUCGCACAGCUCAUCGCAAAUCGUGACAAGCGUCACAAGAAGACGGAAAUACAGCCUCUUUACGUUGCAGGUAACAUCAGCAAGAUGAAGAUUAUGGAGAAGCGAUACCAAGAUGCGGAGGAGCAGGCUGUGCUAAAAGCCAAGCACGAUAAAACUGCUCGUAUGAUCAAGCUCAUCGAUACCGCGGAAGAUGCCGUCGUUGAGGCAGUGAGCGCGGAUCAACAAGACACUGUCUCCAUUGUCACGCAUCUCAGGGAGAUGGCUGAUAGCACAAGUGAUGCAGCGGUCUUGUUCCGCGCGCAAGCUACCAUCAAGGCCCUGAAAGCGUCAUCGAAAGACCUUCUUUCCCUCUUCAACGCGUUGAAAGUUAAGCUCAACAAUGUCAUUAUCGAUGCUGAGGUUGCGCAGUUGAAAUAUGAGGGUAUGAAUGCAGAGCGCAUACUUAAGCUGCAGAUGGAUCGAGUCGACAAUGAAAGAAAGACGGCGGAGGAGUUUGAGAGGAAGAUGGAGGAUUUGGAAAGUGAUGAGGUGGAGAUUGGGGAGUUGAUACAGAUGAAGAUGGGGAAGGGUGGUGAGAAGAAUGGGGGUGGAGAUUCGGUGCAAGAGAAGACGGGAGGGGUUAGUGAGAAGGAGGAGAGGAUGCGUAUGGCGCUUGAGGCGGCCAAGAGGAGGAAUGGUGAUAUAUGA